GUGGAGAGGUGAAACGCUGACCAUGGGUGACUGGAACCUGCUGGGCAGCAUCCUAGAAGAGGUCCACAUUCAUUCCACUAUCGUGGGCAAGAUCUGGCUUACCAUACUCUUCAUCUUCCGCAUGCUGAUCCUGGGUGCGGCGGCGGAGGACGUAUGGGAUGAUGAGCAGUCCGAGUUUGUCUGCAACACUGACCAGCCAGGCUGCAAGGCGGUCUGCUACGACCGGGCCUUCCCCAUCUCCCUCAUACGUUUCUGGGUCCUGCAGGUGAUCUUUGUCUCUGCGCCAUCUUUGGUCUACAUGGGCCAUGCCCUCUACUGCAUGCGAGCCCUUGAGAAGGAGCGCCACCGCAGACGGGCCCAGCUGAAGGAGGAGCUGGAUGAGGUGGAUUUGGCCCUAGAUGAACAUAAGCGCAUGGAGAGGGAGCUGAGGAGGCUAGACGAGCAGAGGAGGGUGAAGAAGGCUCCUCUCAAAGGCUCUCUGUUGAGAACCUACAUCAUCCAUAUCCUUACACGCUCUGUGGUGGAGGUCUGCUUCAUUUUCGGCCAGCAUUUACUUUAUGGUGUCCAACUAGAGCCCCUCUAUAAGUGUGAUAGGCUACCUUGCCCCAACAGUGUAGACUGUUACAUCUCCAGGCCCACAGAGAAGACCAUCUUCAUGGUUUUCAUGAUUGUCAUUGCUGGUGUGUCACUGUUCCUCAACAUACUGGAAAUAUCCCACCUGGGAAUCCGGAAAAUCAAACAGACACUGUAUGGAGAGAGGUACACGGAAGAUGACAGUUUGAUUUACAAGGCUAAGAAGAAGUCGUUACCACACCUUUGUGUAAUGAGUAAUGUAUCACCUCACAAUGGGCCUUUGACGCAGACCUUCAAAGUGAUUCCAGAGGCGGAUAUGAAGCCUCCAUAUUACAAUACUGUGCUCAAAGCCAACCAGGAGGCACCAAGACACAACAGCUUGGCGUAUCUGGGACACAGUCAGACCAGCUAUAUCUGUCCCGAACCUAGGAUGCCACCCAGGUCUGGCCAGAACUUUGCAAUUCAAGCACCCAAAACUCAUGAAGGUCCAGAGAUACGCACAGGUAUGGUGGACCAUCAUCUAGCCUGGGCUGCUGUAUCAACUAGGGAGGGAAGCGCAACAAGCCAUCAUUCAGAUCCCCAUGAGGGAGAGUGCCCUCAACCCACCCAUUUGGAAGCUCUGCUGUCCACUAGCACCUUGAGGCCCGGCGCUAUCAGAGACCUGGAUGAGAAUCAUCGAAGGGAGUCAAAUGAGAGUGAAGUCCUGCUAUCCAACCCAAGGAAGACCAGCUUCAUGAUUAGGCCACCAUCUGACAGCUUGUCCUCCAUCAGUGGCUCCACAAGCCCUUCCUUGCAUACCUCAGAGGAGUCAGAUGAACUGGGCUCCCUACAGGGAGACAUGAUGAUGCCGCCUCCUGGGGGCCGAAGAAUGUCAAUGGCAAAGCAUGUUUCUGGAUAUCUCCUCUAUCAUGAAGAAGUGAGGCGUGGCGGGGACCUGACACCAUGGCAGUACAGCGCUCGGUGUUACACAAACUCAAGUCUCAGCGGGACAAAAGCAGGGGGACAGCCAGCCGUGGGACAGCCAGCCGUGGGACAGCCAGCCGUGGGACAGCCAGCAGGGGGACAGCCAGCCGGGGGACAGCCAGCAGGGGGACAGCCAGCCGGGGGACAGCCAGCCGGGAUUCAGCGCCGACGCCCAGUGUGUUUUGGGAUUGAAGCACCUUAG